AUGAGUGAUGCUGCAUUAUCGAGAGUAGCACAUUUGAUCAAAUUGGAAGAUGAUUUGGUAAAAAUUCAAUCGUUGCGACAACAAUUCACUAAGGAAAAGACGUUAGUUGACAUUAAAUUGAAUUCUGCUACUCAAACACAAAUUGAUUCUAUUAUGAAUAAUUUGAAGAAGUUAAAUAAUUCAGCCAAUAAAUUGAAUACAAUAAAAUCUAGUUUGAACAGAUUAAACCAAAUACAUGAUGAGUCAGUAACAGGAGUGGCAGAGUAUACUGCCAUUAAGCAAAUGACCAAUGUAAACCAAUUCCUAACGCAAGUACAACACUUAUACCACGAUAUAUCUAAAUAUAAACAAUACUUGGAUUCCAUAAACAAAUUAAUAGAUGAAGAAUUCGCUAUAAUUAGCGAGGAUAUAUCAUAUCCGUUGUUGAAUAUUUUCAGAAUUCAUUAUAGCUUAACGCAAGCAAGAAACUUUCAGGAUUAUUUGGAGACUAUUUCUGAUUCUUUGUCUGAUGACUUAAAGUCAAUUGUAUUCAAGGUAGUCCUACCCGUAAAGAAAACAAUUAAGAAAUUUGAUGACUUACUAGGGGAGAUUAUAAUAAGUUUGACAGAAGCAUUAAAGGAAGGAAACGUAGAAUUAGUAUUCAAAUUAAUCAAAAUUAUUGAGUUUGAAUCUAAUGAAGACAUGAAGUUUGAACUCAUGUCUAAUUUGAAAUUAAUGGAAAAUAGAAGUAUAUCCAGUAUUGAUUAUGCAAAUUUUAGAGGUGCAAAACGUAACUAUAAGAAAUUUUUUUACAAAAAACUAGAGGAAAGUCUCGUGGACACAUUUGAUAAAUGUGUAGAGCAUUUCAGUUACGAUAGAAUUCUAGUUUAUGACAAUUUAAACUGGCUUGAAGAUGAACUCGUUUUUGUUGCUGAUACUUUAUCUCCUAUGUUUCCGACUAGUUGGAAUAUAGAUAAUUUCAUACAAAAUGCCUAUUACAACAGAUUGCAUAAUUUCACAAUGGAUUUAAUUAAGACUGAUCCACCGGCCGAAGAUUUAUUAAAGAUUUUGGCGUAUGAUUCCCAUUAUGGUAAAUUUGUUGUUGCAUUACAUACUUCUCCUGAAAUUGAAGGUGAUGAAAAACGAAAAUCUACGCAGAAGAAAGAACAAAAAUCGAUUAUGGGCGAAGAACUAAAGAAGGUUGUCUUGGAUGAUUAUUUGAAGGUCAUUGUUGCUAAAAUGAAUGAAUGGACUGAUACUUUACUGAAGCUGGAAGCAAAUUCCUUUGUUCAAAGAGAAACACCACCCGAUAUUUACACAUAUUAUCAAACCAUUGAAGAUGAAGACAUUCAAGAUCAACCAAUAACGCUAGAAAUACAUGGUGAAGUAUUUGUACUACCUGACUUCAAGACACCUUUGACUAUGCUUAAGGAACAAGCUGAUGUGGCCGUUGACUCAGGGUACGGAAGUAUUCUAGUAGGUGUGAUUGAAAACUGGUCAAGCUGCUAUAUUAAGAGAGUUCUUAAUUAUAAAGAAAUUAUAGAAGAAGAAUUUGAUAAGUAUAUGUCAGUUUAUAAUAACGAAAGGUUCUUAAUCCAGGAAAGUAAGACAAAGAGACUAUUCAGACGUCAUGCACCUCAGCCAACUUUCGAUAUUGAGAAUAUGACUCCAGAAGAAUUAGCAAAUGUAUCCAAACCCGGUUUAAUCGAGUAUUUGUGUGCAUUGGGUAAUACAUAUGAAAUUAAUACGGACCGUUUGCAGGAUAAGUUCUUACCAAAUUACAAAAGUAAAGUUCAUUCCAAUUAUCAAAGCAGAAUUCAAGUUGCUUUUGAAGAUACUGUUUCCCCAAGCACAGAAUUAAAUGCUCAGGUAAUUAGAGCUAUCAUUGAUAUAAUUCUUAACGAUUUAUAUCCAGCUUUGUCAUCUGUAUUUACUAAGACUUGGUAUGGAGACAAAAGCCAAACAUCCGAUGAACCUAAUAUGGCUGAAAGGAUUCUAGAAACAAUAAGUGAAUAUAUGCAAGAGCUUAGAAGUUAUGCAUCAUACGAUAUUUACCUGUGUACCUUUGCCCUUUUCCUAGAUUCAUUUAUAUCUGCUUAUAUCCGGAUUGGUUACGAAAAUAUUUUACAUGGAAGUGGUAAGAAAAUUGAUCCGACGGCAACGAAAAAGUUCAAGUCUUUUAGUGAAGGUGUUGGAAGAGAUGUUACAAUAUUUUAUGGGGGAUUAGAGCAUUUGUUUACAAGAAAGGAUUCUGCCUAUUUAUUGAAUAGUUUAAGGGCAAUAGAAUUUUUGGGUGAUUUAGCUACAUGUGAAGAUCCAAUGAUCUUUAUUCCACAAAUGUGGGAGAAUGAGAUUCUAGGAUCAUUUUAUUUCUGUUCGGUUGAAUACGUCAGAGGAAUUUGCUUAUGUCGUAAAGAUAUGGAUAAAAACCAAGUAAACACGUUGGUAAGACAAUUAGAAGAUAUCGCUAAAGAGUAUCACGAAAAUGUUCCUGUGCCUAGCCAAUUAACAGGUACUUUGAAUGAAUUUUUCUACAACUAG